CCUGAGGUGAUAGUUGUUCUCAAAUAAUUGACAUCAUUUAUCAAAAAGCAGGAGACAAGCAAUUCUCACAUUGUAUUCCAUUUAAAGAGGUCCCAGCCGGAGGACAUUUAAGAUGGAUAAGUUCCGUAUGAUGUUCCAGUUCCUCCAAUCCAACCAGGAGUCUUUUAUGAAUGGUAUCUGUGGCAUCAUGGCUCUCGCCAGCGCCCAGCUCUACUCUGCCUUUGAGUUCAGCUGCCCAUGCAUCCCAGAGUACAAUUAUUCCUAUGGGAUCGGCCUACUGGUUGUCCCGCCUAUAUGGUUUUUCCUGUUAGGAUUUGUGCUAAACAACAACGUCUCAAUGUUAGCUGAGGAGUGGAAGAGGCCAACAGGGAAGCGGGUGAAAGAUCCGACUGUCCUCCGCUACAUGUUUGUUUCCAUCACCCAACGGUCCUUAAUUGCGCCCAUGGUGUGGAUAUCUGUGACUCUUAUGGACGGGAAGAGUUUCCUGUGUGCGUUCAGUGUCGACUUGGACAUUCAUCAGUUUGGGAAUUCUACCCUUAUUGAGGGAAUGUCAGAAGUAGAGAUCAUCACAUUGUUAGCGAAGAUUCCGUGCAAGAACAUCUUCGAUCAGCCCAAUGUUAUAUCAAGAGAAGCGGCGUCUAGGUACAUCAAGUGUAUCUCCCAGGCGUUUGGCUGGUUCUUCCUGCUGUUGAUGACCUCCGCGGCCUUCAUGAUACGAGCGAUCCGGCCCUGCUUCACUCAAGCUGCCUUUCUGAAGACCAAGUACUGGUCUCACUACAUUGACAUUGAGCGCAAGCUCUUCGACGAGACGUGCAAGGAACAUGCCAAGACCUUCGCCAAGGUCUGCAUCCAGCAGUACUUCGAAAGUGUCAGCGGCGAGAUGCGUAGCCUCCACAAGAACCGUUCAAGUGAAGACGACAGCGACAAUGACGAUGACGAUAAAAAGAAAGGCGAUAAGGAUAAACUGCUUGGGAUCCAUGCCCAGGACGACAUGAAUAAAGUGUUGUGGAACUGGCAUACAUGUAAGCCGCCUCUUGCCCUCAGGAAGGAACAGCCGGAAGGAGAGUCCCGCGAAGGGCUUGGCCCAACUGGAGCCGACAGUGGUCCAAAUGGACUUGCCAACGGCCAUGCUCACAAUGACCCUAAAAGGGAAUGGGCUGUGUACUACAGCAAGGUUUGA